UGCAGGGACUAUGUCUCUUGUCUGGCCUGGGAACACCUCAGGAUACCCCUGAGGAGCUGGGGGAAGUGUCUGGGGAGAGGGAAGUCUGAACCUUACUGCUCAGACUGCUGCCUCCAUGACCUGGCAUCAGAUAAAAAAUUAUGAGAAAAUGGAUGGAUGGUUCCCCACUGCCUUGUCUCCAUGGAGAUGUUAUUGUUUGCCUUGAAUUUUCCACAGCACAGCAUUACACUAAUUCAACUUGCAUUUUUUUGUGCUAAAAAAGGAACACACUUUACCUCAGAUCUGAUUUGUAACUUACACCUAUAGCGCCCCCUAAUGCCCAACUACAUCUGUGUAUCACCACCAGGAAGUAUUCCAAUUCAUCUGACUUUUAUUUUCGACGCCCCAAACAAUCAGGUUCAACUGGAAUCUGGAGUUUAAAAGCUCCUGGAGUCAGUGCGACGCUUUAGUCAUCCACAGGAGAGUCCACAGGAGAGUCCACAGGCCAGUCCACAGGCCAGUCCACAGGCCAGUCCACAGGCCAGUCCACAGGCCAGUCCACAGGCCAGCUCACGGGACCAGCUCACGGGACCAGCCCACAGCUCUAGUUACACAGGUAAACUACAGGACAGGUCUUUAAAUCGUAACCAUGGCGAGGUAUUCAAAGGCUAAUGAAGUGGAGUGGAGCAGUGGACUCUGCGACUGCUUUGAGGACUCAAAAACAUGCUGUUAUGGGUUCUGGUGUUGCCCGUGUCUCGCCUGCACCGUCUCAGGCAGAUUUCAGGAGAACCGCUGCCUCCCGCUGUGUGACAUCUUCAGCCCGGCCAUCGUGGCGUCAUGUGGGAUCCCGUUGUGUGUGCCCCCUGCCCUGUUUGGGCUCAGGGUCGCCGUACGACACAGAUACAAAAUAAAGGGCACCAUAUGUAGAGACAUCUGCACCUCAUGCUUCUGUGUGUGGUGCUCCUGGUGUCAGCUUCAUCGAGAGUUACGAGCUCAGGACAAAGGUCCCAUAACAGUGAAUGUGACGAAUGUGGUCCACGCGCAGCCGGUGCCAAUGAUGAUGGUCAACCAGAAUGUCAGAUAGAGUCACAGAGACCCCUCCAUCUGAAAUCAGGACAUCAGACUGUACAAGGGUGUGAAGAUUACUGUGUUUUAGGUUCUGUGAAUAUGAUUAGACAUUCACAAAACUCACUACAGAUUGAUGUUCACUUGUUAAUGUAUAAGAGAAGGUAAGAGAAGGUUAAAUUAUGUCAUAUGUGUUAAAACGUAAAUCUAUGAAUGAACUGAACUCUGUAAAUGGACACCGCAAUCUGAAAAUAAAGAAUACAA